AUGGAACCACCCAAGCGCAAGCUUGUCUUGACCGAUCUUGGAUGGAACAACCCCAACAAAGCAAAAGGAUUGUCAGAGUUUCCAAGAUCCUUGAGGACAAGAGCAAUCUUGCAAGCCUUCAUUGACCACCCUGACUUCGAUCCACAAUUUCAUUGGCGGGGCAUGCUAGAAGGCAAAAUUCCAAUCGAUAUAUCCUUGCACUAUGUUGUACUGCUGGAUAUCGAAACUUGCUUUGAGUCCAACUAUCCCAACAAUGUGGCAAACUUCCACGCGAAUGCUGAUACUCGCAUGGGAAGAGUAGUCAAUGAUAAGGGAAUCAAUCCAUGUUACAGAAUGGGCGGGUGCAGAAAAUACAUUCAGCAUGUCCUUGAGUCGCCCUUGUUCCAGCAAGCCAAUAAGUCGACACUCUUAUACCUUCUUUGUGGUGGCAAUGGACCAGAGCAUACAAUACGAAAGCAAAAGAUCGCUUCAAACCAACUGUCUGUCUUGGCGCUCUCUGCUGGUCCAGAUAUGCUACAUGCAGACUCGGAUAUGGGUCUGCCGCCUCCACCCAUCCAUCCAGUCACUCUCAGCCACCAACAACACCAGGAAAUUAUGUCUUGUGGAAGUGAAUCUGAUGACAAUCGGCCCUAUCUAUUUUCUUUUGUGGGAAGGCAUCGGGGGAGCAGUCCUCGCUCAGAACUCUUCAAGCUACACAAUGGGAAUGAUGUGAUUUCCAUACAAACUCCAAAUUACUUGGAGGCCAAACAAAAGGGUGAGAUAAAUGAAACCUACCCCAGUCUCUUGAAAAAGAGCAAGUUUGGGGCUGCUCCUCGAGGAGACAAUAGAUUCUCCUAUCGUUUUACUGAAGUUUUGAGUGCCGGGGCCAUUCCUGUGAUCUAUUCUGAUGGAUGGGUUCUGCCUUUUCGGAAAGAACUUGUGGAUUGGAGCAAGUGUGCCAUUGUAAUCCCUGAAGAUCAGGUUAGUCAGACCAUAGGAAUCUUGAAAGACAUUACAGAAAAACAACGCUGCAGAAGGAGGCAAUACUGCUUUGGCAUCUAUAACAAGUACAUGGCCAGUCCUGGAGCCACUCUUGCAGGCAUAUUGGACAGCCUUGAAGCUGCUCAAACCUAA